GUCGCUGUGCAUUCUGGGACUUACAGUUUGUGCCACAUGACCGAGUAGAACGACAACUUUGUACAGUCAGACCGUCAGACUGAACCGCAAAGCGAGUCAAAAAGCCGCAAGAACUGCACUCUCUUCGCUCUCUUCGCUUUCAGGAUGUUUUCCCGGGUCUCUUGUUCAAUAUCUGGAUAUCGUCCGGUGGACCUUAACCGCAGACUUAGGAAAUAAUUCCUGUUUGGGAAACUUUGGCGGCUCCAUAGCUAAUGAAGAAUAGCUAGUUAAGCGAACCGCGGCGAAGAUUAGCUAGCUAACUAAGCUAACAACCAUAUUCAUUGAGAGGAAGAGAGUGCGCUUUUCUGCACGUUUAGUUGAACUCAGAGACUACUUUAGCUCUUUAACGAUGCUCUAGCUAGGUCUCUCUUUGGGACAUCUGUAUGGCUUUAAAAGGCUACUAUGGAGUACUGCAAUGUGGAUCACAAUAAGCAGCAUUUGUUUCGGGGGUUGAGAUCAGUGCCAUUAUCAGCUGGGGACCACUGCUUUAGCCGGUCCUGACUAAAUCCAGACUAUGAGGUUGCCGGGAUAUUUCUCAGAGGAGGUGUGUUAAGCUGUGAUCAUCGUUUUCAUUUGCAAAGGAUGUCUGACUUUGAGAGUUCCAGUUCAUAUUUUGGUUUGGAGGAUCCGCAGUGGCUAUGCAUGGUCACACUCUUCUUCGCAUCCCUGGUUACUCUACUACUGUAUUUCAUACAGUAUUUCCAGAAGGGCCGUGUAUUAAGUAGGCAGACCGCAGCAGAGGACCACGCGGCGAAGCAGGAAGCCGCGGCUCUGCUGGGAUGGGCGCUGUCACUACGGAGCUGGAAAAGCCAGUGGAGAGGAGCUUGGUGCAGGGCUUUGAAUGACCAGUCAAGGAAGCGUGGGAGUUCUGUUCUGUUCACAUUUGAAGAGGACGAUCUUGAGGCAUCUGAGCUCAUGGUCUGCCAAGUGUCCAGCUUUCAGAAGUCUGCCAGAAACAAGGCCGCUUGCUGCAGUGUCGUUGGGGAAAAGCUUCAGUUCUCUCUCAGGGCAUCAUCGGCAGCCAUGGCUACAGCAGAUCCUUGUAAAUACACAGUCUGUAUAGCUCCACUGGAGCUGCAGCUUGACCUACAGAUGCAGGAAGCUGAGGAUGAGGUCAAGGUGAGCUGGGGAGUGUCUCACCUGGACAGGGGGGAGCUGCAGGUGACGCCCACCUUUACCCAGGACAGUGCCAACACUUCCAGUGUAGCAGCCAUUAAGGAGCAGUUGAGGCGGCUGCUGUGUGCGACGCGUCCCUCUGUGUUGCUGAGCUGCAGGCCUGCUCAGGCCUCAGAGGUCAAGGAUGCACAGAAGAACAUAGCUUCACCCCCGAAACCCCCCCGCGCCCACGACUGGAAGCUGCUGGUGAAGAACAUCCGGGUGACACUGAAUCAAGAGGAGGAUGCUGCAGGCAGCAUGAAUCCUCUGUGUGUAAUGCAGUUGGACGAUCCUCCACAGAAGUUUAACACCUCUGUUUUAAAGAACACAACCAAUCCUGCCUGGGACCAGCCAUUUAUCUUUGAAUUGAAUGGACGAUCAAAAGAGCUCAAUAUUCAGUUAAUGAAUGACGGCCAACCUCAAGAGAGUUCAUUACUUGGUCGGGUAUCAGUGCCUUUUGAUCUUGUAAAGAAGCAGCCAGAAGGACAACAAACCUUUGCACUCAUGACCAAAGACUUAGUGACUGGAUCACUUACUACUGAUUUUACUUACCUGGAGCCCAGUGAGGUGAGGUCCUGGCACCCUCCGACCCCCGCCUCCAGUAAGAGGGUGGAGAUGGACCGUACAGUCAUGCCCUGUGGCACCGUGGUCACCACCAUCACCGCAGUGAAGAGCAAGCCGGGUCGACCACCCUCUCUUGGACUCAACAUAGAUCCUGCCCAGAAACCGGUGUCCAGUAAGCCCAAGCUGUCAGAGCGCCGUGUGUCAGAGCAGGCGUCUAUGCUGGGGGCCACAGUCAGCAAGGCCUUGUCCUCUUCUGAUACUGAGCUGCUGAUGCUCAAUGGCACGGACCCUGUGGCCGAGGCCGCCAUCAGACAACUCCACCAGUCUGCUAAGCAGAAGCUCAAGUCCCCAGUGAAGAAGAGUACCAUCAUCAUCUCCGGCAUUGCCAAAACGCCGUUGUCUCAGGAUGAUGAGCUAGCUCUAAUGGCGGGCUAUGCUGCAGCAAUGGACGCCUCGAUGUCUGAGGGCAGCUCCACUCAGGAUGUGACCGCGGCACUUGCAACAGGGACCAGUAGCCCUCCAGACAUGUCUGAGCCCCAGGAAGGCCCCAGUGGAAUAGGCGGGCCUCCAGAGGACUGGGAGAGCCAAACCGGAGAGGAACUAGACCAUUCCUCGCUAUCCAUGUGUGUGUCUGAGGCAAGCUGCAAGAAGAGAAGAGCUCUCCUUUCUGAGCUAUCAUCACUGCCAUCUUAGAAGAAAGCAGUGCUAAGCUCACAUUAUGUCCAGAUGAGCAGCUUCCUUCAGAAGGGUGCCAAGCUCUUCUUCCGACGGCGGCACCAGCGCAAGGACCCUGGUAUGAGCCAGUCGCACAAUGACCUGGUUUACCUGGAGACUCCGGCCGCAGUGGAGCGGGCCAGUCGAACGGCCACGCUUAGCCGCAUGCUCAACCGCAAGAGUAAGAAUAAGAGCAAAGCUAACGGCUCUACCUGCAUGGGGGAGCUACAUGCGUGAUCCCCCCUCCCCCUUUUCACCUUAGUCCCUCCUACAACAACUACCAUCACCACCUCAAACUUGCACUGGCAAACUGAAUGAAUGCCUGACCUGCAUAUUUAGGGGCUCCUGCAUUGUAGAUAGGGAAGCUGUGCAGAUGGGGGGGGGGGAAUCAUCUUUUACUGCCGUUUCCUGUUUCCUUUAAGAAGCAGAUAUUCCACCAACAGCAAGUUGCACAGUGUGCGCAUGUGUGAAUGAAGGUCUAAUGACCGUUCCAAGAAUAUUAUUUUGCAUGUUCCCUUUUAUCUAAUUUUAUGCAACAUUUUUAAAUAUUUAAGUGCUUUUGUGGCCUUGUUACAGACAAAAGGGACUGGUGUGCCUCACUGACUCUGAUACCUCUUCCACACCAAUGACCGGGGGUGGACCAGGGUUUUCAGACCCGUGUUCAAUUCUUCUUUUGUCAGUUCAAACCAAGCCAGUCAACAGGGGUUGAUCCUUGUUCAUGACAGACAAUGCAUACAAAAAAAGUCCAGGUAAUGGAAAUGGGCCAGGCGGUUUACACUCUAAUAGUGCAUUCCAUUUGUACUCGGAAGACAGAUUUUCCAAGGUCAGAGUCAGAAAUGCGUCCCCUGACCUCAGUUUUCCGAGCUCGGAACUCACACAGAGUAUCCCUAGUUAAAAAUCCAACAUGGCCCUCCAACAGUUGUGAAAGCUUUAGUAACGUUCAGUUUCAAGCACUUCUGUCUUAUUUGUGUUUCACUAAGUCAGUCGUCAGUCAGCGCCCCCCCCCCAUUUCCAACCAUUGAUAUCACUUGUCCCAUCCCAGUUGUUAGCAACCCUGGUUGUGUGCAGUCAGUGGACGCGGGUUAACCCUUCAAACACAAAGUCAACCCGGGGGGAGCCCUCUGUGAAAGGAGUUUGAGGGUGAAGAGUAAACUCUCCCUGCUGCAAUCUGUGAACUUCCUACAGUGGACCAACAGGACCAAAGAUGAAGAGAAGGGUGGUAUUUGUAUGAUUUGCACAAUUUUAGUAUCUACAUUUCAAGUGCAAUGACAGGAGCUACUCUUGUAGAGAUUCGUGGUAAAAAA